AUGUAUGUGGACGAUGUUCUGGCCGGAGCUCAUUCAAAACGAGAUGCUAUUCUAGCGAAAAAUGAGCUAAUUCAUGCAUUACAAUCAGCUGGGUUCGAGCUGAGGAAAUGGACAUCUAACUCCGUGGAUAUAUUAGAGGAUCUUCCAAAGGAUCAUUUACUUCAUGAACAUUUUCUAAAAUUCGAAGAUAAUAGUUCGGCAAAAACGCUUGGAAUUCGAUGGAAUGCUCAUUCCGACGAGUUUUAUUUUGACGCAAAACAGUUCGAUAAGAUUUCUGCAUACACAAAAAGAGAAGUUCUCUCCAGAAUAGCAAAAUUGUUCGAUCCUGCUGGCUGGCUAGCGCCAUGUAUAGUUCUUGCUAAAAUUCUAAUGCAAAAAAUAUGGAUAGAUGGCACUGAUUGGGACGAGCAUCUAUUGCCGGAUACGCUCGGUCAGUGGAAGUCGUUCGAAGACAGUUAUUUGUCGAUCAAUUCCAUACGAAUUCCUCGAUGGAUUGGUUAUGUUCCCAAUUCUGAAGUCCAGUUCCACGGAUUUUGUGAUGCUUCAGAAAAGGCCUACGCAGCAGCAUUGUACAUUCGAAUAUCAACGAAUUCCUCGGUCCAAACAAGCUUAAUUUCAUCCAAAACCAAAGUUGCCCCAAUAAAGACUCUGUCCAUUCCGAGACUUGAGCUUUGUGGGGCUUUACUUCUAGCUGAGAUGAUUGAGAACCUCAUACCAAGCCUAGAUGUGGAGAACUAUACAAUCUCAUGUUGGACAGAUUCUAUAAUUGUGAUUUCCUGGCUGGCAAAACCACCAUGUAAUUGGCUCACUUUCGUUGCCAAUCGUGUUUCAAAAAUCAGCCAAAUAGUACCAUUUUCUAAAUGGAAUCAUAUAGUUUCUAAAGAAAAUCCAGCUGAUUUAGCAAGUCGUGGCAUUUCCCCUUUAGAAUUAAAAAACAGUGAACUGUGGUGGUUUGGCCCAUCAUGGCUUAAGAAUUCCACUUCUGAAUGGCCAAACCAACGUUUAUCCAGUAUUCCAGUUACUGAUUUAGAAGUCAAACCUGUUCGAGUUCACUUUACGUAUUUUUCCGACUUUGAUGAUUUGUUAGAAAGAUUUUCGUCUUUUCCUAGGGCUAUGCGUGUAAUGGCAUAUGUUUACAGGUUUUACUAUCGUACUCACCCAAGGUUUCGUUCGAAUUUCUACAGAGAUUCUACUCUGGUCACUAGUUCGGAGAUAGUUUCAAUUCGUGACAAACUUAUUUCAGUGUGUCAAAAGGCUGCGUUUCCAAAUGACUACCAGGCUCUUUGUUCUCGAAAAAAUCUUCCGAAAUCCAGCAGUAUUCUCAACCUAAACCCGUUCUUAGAUCCAGAAGGUUUAAUACGUUCUUGUGGUAGGCUAGAGUUUUCUUCUGAACUAUCAUAUAAUGAAAAGCAUCCGAUUAUUAUUCCAUACAAUUCCAAAUUUGCCAGACUUUUGGUACAGUUUAUUCACGAUAUAUCCUUACAUGGUGGAAACCAAUUAGUUCUUCGAGUCCUGCGGACACAAUAUUGGAUACCCAAGGCCAAAAAUCUUAUAAAGGCGACCAUCAACAAUUGUAAAACUUGCGUAAUUUAUAAGAAGCGCUGUCAACGACAGAUAAUGGCUGCUUUGCCAGCUGAACGUUGCGAAAUUAGCCGUCCUUUUACUCAUACAGGACUAGACUUCGCUGGUCCUUUCGACGUUAAGAGCUAUUCUGGUCGCGGUUGUCGCACUACAAAGGGAUAUGUCUGUGUAUUCGUCUGUUUUUCCACCAAGGCAAUUCACCUGGAGGCAACAUCCGACCUCUCCACUCCUGCCUUCCUAGCAGCAUUCAGCAGAUUCGUUUCACGUCGAGGAUGUCCUUUACAUCUUUAUUCUGAUAACGGGACUAACUUCGUUGGGGCAUCUAGAACUUUAGCUAAGGAAUUUCUUCAAACCACACAACAGCGCAUUCAAGCCAACUAUGCUCAUCAAAAUAUUACGUGGCACUUUAUUCCAGCAGGCGCCCCUCAUAUGGGUGGUUUAUGGGAGGCAGGAGUUAAAAGCUUCAAGUCCCAUUUCCGGAAAACGGCCGGUUGCUUCAAAUACACACACGAAGAAUUAUCCACACUACUUUCCAAAAUUGAGUCUUGCUUAAACUCCCGUCCGAUUUCUCCAAUGUCUACUGAUCCAGCAGACCUUUGCGCCCUUACUCCGGGUCAUUUUCUUAUAGGUCAAUCCUCGUCCAGACGUAAAGAAGAGGCCUUGCCACCAUCGACAUCAAAAUUUACAUCAAAAUCGACAUCGUUAACAUCCAUUCUGCGUCAGAAUACAUUGGUACUUUUACCAACCGUACUGGUAAAGGUCUCUUCUCAUCAUGCUAGGUGCUUACUGGACUCAGCAUCUACGGUUAGUCGCGUCUCAAAAGG